UUGCAUCGGCAGGCAGGGCAUUUCGGGCUCGCGUGCGCAGCAGUAAUCGACCGUCUUUGGGGCUUGGGCGAGAGGGGCGCUGCUCGGAGCGGAGAAGGCCGGUUGUGAGAAGCUAGUGCUGUAGGGAUCGAGGUUGAGCCAUGGCUUUGCGCGUCACCAGGAACACAAAAGUCAACAUGGAGAACAAAACCAAGCCUGUGGUGCCAGCCGGCAAGCGAGGGGUGGUUGCUGUCAAGCCAAGCUUGAGGCCUCGGACUGCCUUGGGAGACAUUGGCAACAAGGCGUGUGAACCAAAGCCCAAGGAGCUCCUGAAAAAGGAAACGACCAAGCCUGCAGCUGUGGGGAAAAUCUCCAUGAAGAAAGCGACACGAGCCACCACCGACAAGGCAACUGUGCCUGUGAAGGAAGAGAACCCAGUCCCAGAACCUGUUAAGUUGGAGUCUUCAUCCCCAAGUCCAAUGGAGACUUCUGGUUGUGCACCAGCAGAGGAAAUACUGUGCCAGGCUUUCUCAGAUGUUCUGCUUGAAGUGAAAGAUGUAGAUACAGAAGAUGCUUUUGACCCAAAUCUCUGCAGUGAAUACGUGAAGGACAUCUACAGCUAUCUUAGAGUUCUUGAGGGGCAGCAGUCAGUAAGACCAAACUACUUGGCAGGCCAGGAAAUUAAUGGAAACAUGAGAGCAAUUCUGAUUGACUGGCUUGUGCAGGUUCAAAUGAAAUUCAAACUCCUGCCAGAGACUAUGUAUAUGACUGUUGCCAUUAUUGACCGCUUUUUGCAGAACAACAAAGUCACUAAGAAGCUGCUGCAGCUGGUUGGUAUAACAGCUAUGUUUAUUGCCAGCAAAUAUGAAGAAAUGUUUCCUCCAGAAAUUGGUGACUUUGCAUUUGUGACAGACCAUACAUACACUAAUCUCCAAAUCCGACAAAUGGAGAUGAAGAUCCUGAGAUCUCUGGACUUCAACCUUGGCCGUCCUCUUCCACUACACUUCCUAAGGAGGGCAUCAAAAAUUGGAGAGGCAGAUGUACAGCAACACACACUUGCAAAGUAUCUGAUGGAACUCGCACUGGUGGACUAUGAAAUGGUGCACUAUCCUCCCUCUCAAAUUGCUGCUGCUGCCUAUUGCUUAUCUACUAAAGUUCUUGAUGAGGGAGAAUGGACACCAACUCUACAACACUACAUGGACUAUGCAGAGAGUGAACUCCUUCCUGUUAUGCAGCAUAUGGCAAAGAAUGUCCUACUGGUGAACAGAAGCCUUACAAAGCAUAUGACUAUUAAGAACAAAUAUGCCAGCAGCAAGCUUGGUAAGAUCAGCACCCUUCCAGCACUGAACUCUGCAAUCAUACAGGAUCUGGCUAAACCGCUGUUAAAUAAAUGCUAAUUUAAUGCUAAUUGUUUGACAAAGUUGACACAAUGUGCCACUGUUUGUGUAUAUAUAAAUAUAUUGUCACUCUAAAUUUUUAAAUAAACUUCUUUCCUUUUUUACUUCAA